AUGCCUCCCAAAGGAUCCAAAGCGCCAUCAUCGGCAGCAUCCAGAGCUCGCGCCUCUGCAUCAUCAUCCACAUCCACAUCCCCGUCCUCGCCACUGUCAACACUAUACAACUCAUACGUCGAGAACUCACCAAAGAGAUUGAAAGUGGUCGAUGCAUUCCUGGUCUUCUUGAUGCUUUCAGGCAUUAUUCAGUUCGUCUACUGUGCCCUGAUCACCAAUUUCCCUUUCAACUCUUUCAUCGCAGGCUUCGCGUCAACUGUUGGCCAGUUCGUCCUUGCAGCAUCACUGCGUAUGCAGGCAAAUCCUGAGAACGGCAAGACGUUCCCAAAGGUGUCUCCGGAGAGAGCAUUUGGAGACUUUCUGUUUGGCUCGGUGAUUCUUCAUUUCUUUGUAUUCAACUUUUUGGGUUAG